AUGACCAUUGAUACUAUAAAUAUAUCAUCAUCUGUAUUAUUAUCAUUAUUAAGACAUACUUCAGAACAUUAUCCUCAAUUAUAUUCUGGUGCUUUGGUUGGUUUUGAAGAUGAAUCAUUAAUAGAUAUUACAAAUGUUUUUCCUUUUCCUUAUCCGGAUCAAUAUGAAGGUGGUUCAUUUAAAUCAAGAAGUGGUAGUCAAUAUCAAAAAGAUUUAUUAGAAAAUUAUAAAAAAUUAGGUUAUGGUAUAGAAUUUCAAGGUUGGUUUCAAUCAACUAUAUCAGGUAAUUUUAUUACUCAACAAUUGAUUGAAGCUUUAGCUCAACAACAAUUAAUUAAUUCAAAUAUUUUUAUAUUAAUUCAUGAUAUGUCAAGUUUAAAUCAAGAAGUUAAUUUAAAGGCAAUUAGAUUAUCUCAAGGUUUUAUGAAAACUUAUCAAGAUGGUAAAUGGAAAUCAAAAGAUUUAGAAAAUAAUAAAAUUUCAUAUAUAAAUAUUUUUAGUGAAUUAAAUUUAGUUAUAAGUAAUCAAAAAUUAGUUGACUUAUAUUUAUCAAGUAUUAAUAAACCAAUUCAGGAAAAUUUUGAAAAUUUAAAUUUAUUAUCAAAUCAAAAUUCAACAUUUCAAUUAUUAGAUUCAUUAAAUUCACAAAUUGAUUCAUUUAAUUACGAUCAAAAUAAUUUCAAUUAUUAUCAAAGACAAUAUCAAAAGGAAAAUAGUAAAAUACAACAAUGGAAACAACAAAGAAAAUUGGAAAAUUUAGAGAGACAAAAGAAAGGAGAAAAAGAAUUAGAUACAGAAGAAUGGAAACAAAUAUUUAAAUUACCAAGUGAACCAUCAAGAUUAAAUAAUUUAUUAUGUAGUCAAUCAAUUGAUAUAUUUGCUGAUGAUAUUAUAAAGCAAUGUGAUGAAGAAUUGAAAAAGAGUUUAAUAAUUGAAAGAAAGUUACAAGCAUAA